AUGUUGCUAAACACGAGGGGAAGAGAUGAGGCUAGCAAAAAUACCACCACAGUACCGGAGUCGAUCCUAAACUCAAGCGGAUUCAAUUUCACCAUUUCGGGGAUCGGCGAAGGAGCGAGUGCUACGGAUGUUGCCGGUAUGGAAAGGAGAGGCAAAAACGAUACUAGAAAAUGUCUCAACGAUGUCAAGUGCGCUAAUGAAACUGAAUGCGGUGAAUCCGGCAAAUGCGUAUUCGGGAAAUGCAGAUGCGAGUGUAUAGCGAGAAGUUCCUGCCUCAGCGAAGAAGACUGCUUUGGCUCACCGUGCAAUGACACCUGCACCAAAUAUGCCGGAUUCAUUCAUAGCGAAUGCAACGUCGAGGAUCAUUGCGCUCAUGGGGCACAGUGUCUCAUGGGUGCAUGUGUUGGCGGUGGACGCUUUCAUGACGGUAUGUACGAUGCGAUUUCGUGCAGUCCUGUUUCUGCAAUUUUUGACUGCGAGGGGUAUGGUACCGGUCUUUGUGCCAUGAUCGGUGAUGUUUGCAUACGUCAUCAUGAUCCUUCGCAUCUUGGACUACCGGCCGAUGGUUACAUUUGCAAAGGAGGCGUUUCCGUAUGUACUUCGUUCAAUCCAGUAGUAAAAUUCCACGCACUGUUCGGUAGAGUGACGCGUGCUUUCACGAUGGCAGUGCCGCCAGCUGCUGCUGCUGCUGCUGUUGUCAUUCAUUCACCGCCAGCAAUUGAGGAAGAAACGGACCAGCGUCCGCCGUCACCGGCUCCAAUUGUCGUACUGCGUUCUACACCAGGUGUUUUCCUCUUCAGAUGUUUUUUUUUACAGACUGGAACAAAAAUGCGUCACAGGAAAGAAAGUACGUUUAUAUAUCUAUAUAUUUAUAUUUGUAUUUGUGUGUGUGCAUUAGAUUAG